AUUCUUCACUCUAGGGCAGGUUAAAAUGAGAACAUAAUAUAAUAAAUGCGCCUGAGAUACGUGCUUCCUCGUCCCGUUGGAACUGACCGGCGUGGGCUUGAAGGCAACCCUUUCCAACCGAGUGUAUCUGAAAAGCUGGAAGGGAUGGCGCAACUGAACUGCACAAUUAUUUUUCCACCUCCAGACACACUCCAGCGUUGCUGUGUAAAGUGCCCUGGGGUGUAAAUUGCUUGGAUAUUUUCACAGAGGUUAAGGAGCAGAAAGUGAACAUGACGUUUAUCACAAGCUCAGAUGUCCGGCCUUGGAUUGUGGAACUCUUAGAAAGUUAUGGGAAGACGGAGGGCAGGCUGAGACCUGUCCAAGCGCAGGUCACCGAGUUCGGGGACCUGGCUGACUACACGCAGGAGGGGAAGGAAGUCGCAGCUGCUCUGGUGAACAUCUCCGAUCACGAGUUCUACAUCCCUGCCGUUGUCACAUGGCAAGCCAAGCAGCUUCUGGAAGAUGAGGAAGACCAUUAUGAUUUGGGCGACCUCAAGAACAAAGACAUAGUUUUGAGAGAAUACAGAGUAGCAUUUCAAGACGCAGCAGAGGAGAGCAAAUGUGAAUUCUUCAUUGUAAUCGAGAACUUCAGAAUGCUGCCAAUAGAAAGACAAACUGCCAACGUCUGCAGCUGUAAAACGGCACCAUCAGUUCAGCGAAAGAUAAGCACGUUGUGGCUGUCCCGGGUGAGAAAAGACGACAUGAACAGCACAUCCUACUCUGACGCACCUCUCACUCAGAUGAUGGAAUACUUUCAGCAGAGAGGAAUCGAGCGGCUCUUUAACAUAGCGAUGGAGUGCCUGAACCUGGCAGCCCCCAGUCCAGAACCCUCCACCUCCAGGGCUGCGCCCCCCAUUCCGGGGCUGGGACUCACAGGCUGGAGGGCAGAGCGGAGAGAACACCGGGACAGGAGCCCAUACUCACUGUCCACUGCCCAUCUCAUUAUCCCUCCUAAGCAGAGAGAAAUCCUUGACAACAUCCCAGAAUGGAGAGAUGAUUACGUACCUACAGUCGAUACAGAGGGAGCUUCUGGUUUCGAAGAACAGGCUGUCCUGUGUUUAACCAUUUCAUCAGAGUCUGAAUCCGAACCGGAUGAGCAAACCCAUGCUGUGACGCCACACGACCCAUGGAGCGAGCAUCCAUCCAUGGACAUAAGCUUUUCAUCUGCUGGGACGGAAUCCCACGCAAGCCCUCCUGAAGCACAGAACAAAGAGGAAGGUGUCCAGGCAGCAGCCCUCCACAGCAGUACUCCAGCAAGUCUCAAACUCCCAGCAGCCCUUCCCCGGAGCGACUCCCUUCCCAGUCAGCUAGGGACGCAACAGGCAGAGUCCUACGACCCCACCAACACUCUGCAGCUGUUCACAGACAGCAGCUCCUGCAUUUGGGAGCCAGCUAAGAAGAUGGCAGCAGUAGCCUCAGGGCAGCGAGUCUUGGAGCAUGAAUCAGUAGAAGCUAGCAUCACCAGUUACCGGAAAGCCCGGCAUACCAAUGUUUCCCCCAGAUGCUCCUCUUCCAUGCUUCCCAGCAGCAGUGCACAAGCUUUGGGAGGCAGCUUGCCAGGGACAGCAGUCAUCCCCAGAGACAGGUCCGUGAGACGAUCUUUGGUUGAUUGCUGGAGCCCCAGUUUGGCAGCGUCCAGCAGCGAUGAAGAGCUUGUAUUGAGAAGUAAACCGGCCAAGAGAAAGUGCCAGGUUGUGGAUUCAGACAGCGAAGAGAUCAUCUUCAAUACAGACGAUGAAGAUGUGGUUAGGGCCCCAGAAAUUGUCAAGCCCAAGAGGAAGCAGGUGCAACUGAAGCCUUGCUUGACAUUUUUGAAUGCAGAAAAGGCUGCAAAGAAUACUAUUACUGCUGGGAAGGCUGCCAAGAAUACUGUUACUGCUGGGAAGGCUGCCAAGAAUACUGUUACUGCUGGGAAGGCUGCAAAGAAAACUGUUACUGGUGGGAAGGCUGCUUUGGGAGCAGUGGCCGAAUCCUGUAAAGAGCAAACUGUGACUAACCAGCAAGUUAGCAAAACCAGCAACAAGAACAGAAGCACCUCUAGGGCUGGAGAUCUCCAGAAACCGGCUCUGAAACAUCGUGACGGAACCUCAUUCAUGUACUCAUAUGAGCCGCCAUCUGCCGAGCUUGCAAAGCGGAUAAACUCGUUAAGGGUCCCUGAUUCCCUUCUGCUUUGGGCCUGGCAGUACACCUCCAAACCAGAUUGAUCACAAGGUGUGAUCCGAUCGCUGUUAGUUGGACUGCA